AUGCAAGUGGAGAGCAUUGGAGGAAAGCGCUAUGUCUUUGUUCUAGUGGAUGAUUACUCGCGAUACACUUGGGUCCGCUUCAUUCGUGACAAAUCUGACACCAUGGCGAGUUUCAAGAUUUGGGCUCUUCAAGUUAUCACUGAGAAAGGAAGCCUCAAGCGCAUACGCAGUGAUCAUGGGGGAGAAUUUCAGAAUGAGGUCAUGACUAAGUUCUGCAAUGACCAAGGCAUAGCUCACCAAUUUUCGGCACCUAGAACACCACAGAUGAAUGGAGUAGUGGAGCGAAAGAACAGAACACUUCAAGAGAUGGCGCGUGCAAUGAUCCAUGGAGGAAACAUUCCUGUGAAGUUUUGGGCUGAAGCAAUCAACACCGCAUGUCUUUUGGAGCAUUCUGGAGCAUAUGGGACACAAGGAGCAUGGAGGGACUUGGCACAUGGAAGCAGCUCAACUGGAUACGCAAAGGAAGAAGGGAGAAGCCAUCUUGAAGACCAGCUCGACCGUCCACUCGACCAACCGGUCGAGUUCCUCAACUCGACCGGCCAAGCUUCAACUCGAUCGAGCUGGGGAGUCAAAGUCAAACCCGAAAAAUGUUGCUUCCCCCUUGACUUUCCUUUGACCCUAAACCUAAUCCUCUUUGUAUUUAAAGGCUCUUAG